AUGCGUUCCUUCCUCAUCCUUUCCGCUCUUCUUCUCUCCGUCCACGGGUUCGUUUCAUUAUUCAUUUCUUCUUCUCGAUUUCUUCUGAUUUGCUACCAAGUUUCUGAGAGUUUCAAUCUCUUUAAAACUAACGAAAAUCAUAUUUUGUACUUAUUGAUUUAUCCUUUCCAAUUGGAAAUUUAAAAAUUGGAUCAGAAAACCUGAGAAGGUCUACGAAUAUUAGGGAUUUCCACAGAAACUUUCCUUGAAAUUUUGUCUUUGAGAUAACCGAAAAAAAUAAUGAAUUUUUUUCCACUUACAAAUUUAAAAAGUAAAAAAAUGAGAAAAAUAUGUGCGGCUUCGAAAAAAAGUUCGCUUAAUAUAAAAAUUUUUUUCCACGAAAAAAAGGUUUCAUUUCUUCAACGAUAUAAUAAUGAACAACAUCGCUAAAAGUUGAAAAAGUUUCACAAACCAAGAUGUUUUCAUUUUCCAUUUUUUCUCAUUCUUUUCGUAAGUUUUUUAAAAAAUAUUUUCUACUUAUUCUAAUGAAACGAUUAGUUACGCCAUUUUCGAUGAAAACUGUCCACCAGCUUCGAAUUUAAAAAUUUUGUUUGAAUAUACCGAAAAAUGCUCGAAAACCACCGUCUCCUUUCCAACGUUAUCAAUCUGCUUUCGGCGAGACUAGACUGCGAACGCCUCUCGUUACUCUCGUAGCCUCGAUAGCUCAGUUGGGAGAGCGUUAGACUGAAGAUCUAAAGGUCACCAGUUCGAUCCUGGUUCGGGGCAUUUCUUUUUGCUCUUCGUCUGGCUAAAUGAAAUGUUCAAAGUUAUAAAAUGAAAUAACCAUUCCAAAACUAUUUCGAACUUUAUGAAGCAUUUUUCAGUGGUAACUCUGGCGGCAACAGCUACGCUCAGCCUCCAUGUAAGGACUUUCAUCAAAUUCGUUUUUUAUCAAUAAUUUUUUAGCAAACUCCUACGCGCUUCCGCCACAAAGUGAGCUCAGUUGGGAGGUGAGUUUCAGAAGUUUUUGUUCUUUUUGCAGGCUACAGCGCUCCCCCCCAAUCCUACCCAUCGGCCCCGGCUCCCAGCUAUCCUUCUCCUCCUCAGUACGCCCAGAAGCCUUCCUACGCCCAGCCUCAACCUUCCUACCCGGCUCCUUCCAGCUACUCUUCGGCCGCCGCUCCACCGCCGCCACCACCUAACCCAACUUACAACGUGAGUCUUCAUUCGUUUAUGGAAAAUCCAGAACUAUUCGACUUUCAGGCUGCUGUCUCAUCUCCCUCCUACUCGUCCAGCAGCUUCGGAUCGGUGAGUUUUGGUGAAAGGUUAAAAAGAGUACUAAUUUGGAAAAUAUUCCAACAGGCUUCUUCUUUGUUAAGGAGGAUCAAAGCCUUGAAAAAAAGCUGAAAUGUUGCUCAUAUUAAAUAAUUUUCGAGCUUCCAUUUCAAAUCCUUUUUUUAUCAAAUAGUAAUAUUUAAAAAGUUACUGUCCACUCUUCACAAAAACUUCAAACAGAAUGAAAAAUUUUAUAACCGACGAGUGAGAAACUUUGAGUAUAUUUAUAAAAAAUUGAAUUCUCAUAACUUUUAUGCUGAAAAAUGCUCGAAUUUCCCCUUGAAUCGAAAAAUUUUGCUGAAUUCAGGGAAUGCCCCCAGCUCCCCCAACCUACGGAUCGGUAACCAUAAUAUAUCCCAUCUCAAAACUUAGAAUAUUUUUUUUAGUCUGGCAGCUCGAGCAGCAUCGCCGGAGGAGAGCCAUUGAACUACAACACCGGAAACAACUGUGAGUCUAUCAGCUAUCAACUAUAGAAAAAGGGUUGAAACCGGCCGUUUCCAGUGAGAAGAAUGCGAGCUCGCGCUCGUCAGGCCCCACUCCGCCGUUCUCACCCUCGUCAGAAGCUGGCUCCCAUCCGCCGUAUGGCCAAGAAGAUGCGCGCCGCCGCCUAA